AUCAUUGUUGUAUCAUCCCACGCAUACGAGCGACUGUCACGCCGCAGGACCGCCGAAGCUGAAGUGUUAUUCUUACAUUCAAUGUCCUUUUCCAGGGUUCCUUAGACCUGGAGCUGUCAUGGCAACGAGUUAACCUCUUGACAUCGAGGAUGAUAUGGCGGACCAAAUUUUCCAUGCUCUUUAUGUUGUACCGUCGGUGCAACACCCAUCCCAAGAGGAGGUGUGCGAUACCUGAAGAUAUCCCCAAUUCGACUCAUACCUGCUGGGAAUCAGCAAUAACACCAAUCACGAUGCCAACAAUGUCUCGCUGUCAGCAACAUUGGCUCGCACGCGAGAUGUUCAUUGCGCUCUCUCUUCACCAUUUGGAGCUGGUGGCGUACUCCAACCAUGUCAACCUAGACCUCGCACGGCUGGAGGAGGCCUAUUCCAAGGACACAGCUGCUUUUGCACAGUCUCGCGACAGAAAUAUGUCCGCCCAUGGACAUGCGCAGUUGAAGUUGAGUAACCCUCGCUGCGAUACCCGAACCAAGCACGACCUCGCUACCGGCGCUUAAAAAAACCGGAAACAUUGAUCGCGCGACCAUUGCCAUAUCGAAAAGGAAGGACGAUGAGAAAAUGCCUCUGCGCCGUACUGCCCAUUCGACCAAGCCGUACUUCCAACCCGUCGCAAUACCUCUUUGUGGGCAUGUGGCACCGUGGUGGUCCAUUGCAUCAUCUUCCUAAUCAAAACAAAAUACUCCGCGGAGAAAUCGUGGCAAAAU